CGGUGAAACUUCAGGGUAGUGCAGAAAAAUCAAAACAUUGAAGGAAUUUUCACGUGCGUAGUUUUUCUUGGAAGUUUUGAGAUAAAUGUCGAAGAUUUUCACACCAACAAAUCAAAUUAGGCUGACCAAUGUCGCCGUGGUGCGAAUGAAGAAGGGCGGGAAGAGAUUCGAGAUUGCCUGCUACAAGAAUAAAGUCAUUUCCUGGAGGAAUAAUGUGGAGAAGGACAUUGAUGAAGUCCUGCAGACGCACACAGUCUUCACGAACGUGUCAAAAGGUCAAGUGGCCAAGAAAGAGGAUCUAAUGAAGGCUUUUGGGAUUGAGGAUCAAACGGAGAUUUGCAAAAGAAUCCUCGCCAAUGGGGAGCUUCAGGUGUCCGACAAGGAGCGACACACCCAUCUGGAUUCCCUGUUUAAGGACAUUGCAACAAUUGUCACGGAUAAAUGCGUUAAUCCGGACACAAAGCGCCCCUACCCAGUGUCAAUGAUUGAGAAAGCCAUGCGGGAUGUUCAUUUCUCCGUGAAGCCCAACAGGAAUAGCAAGCAACAGGCUCUCGAGGUGAUCACCCUGCUGAAGGAGAGCAUUCCCAUUGAACGUGCCCGGAUGCGCAUAAAGAUUGUCGUUGGCGGGAAGGAAGCUCGAAAAAUUCGCGAAAAGGUCCUUCAGCUUGCACCUACUGUUGAACAGGAAGACUGGACCAGUGGCACCCUCUCCCUCAUCUGCCUCAUUGAUCCUGGACAUUUCCGUGCCGUCGAUGAGAUUGUCAAAGGCGAAACGCACGGAAGUGGAAGCCUGGAAUUGCUGGACCUCAAGGAAGUCACGGAAGGUGAUGAAAUGCUCGAGUAGCGCCCCCCAGUCAUGCUUCAAUCACACCUCAGUGUAAUUACAUCUUCCCGUGUAAAUUAAAUCUCCAAUAAAAUCAUUUUUUUGUUUUUUAAUUUAAAGAUUAA